AUGCUGGUGAAUACUAUGACAAUUCGAAAAACAAAUAUUAAAUUGCUCUUGAUGCGUUUUCGACACAAAAUUAACAAUCAGAGUGAGGAACCGGAUGAAAAUACAAAAGUUGCGCAGGGGCUUAUGAAUUAUUUAAAUAGUAACAAGGAAUAUAAUGAUGUUGUACCACACUUACCAAGAAUGCUUUUAAAAAAGUAUAAAACGCCUGAAACUAUGUAUUUAAUAAACCGGAAAACUGCAAAAGAUAUCUCAACCAUUAUUACAAGGAAUUUUGAAAAGGAAGCACCAAUAGUUGAAGUAAAUCCUGGACUAGGAUUUCUUACUGAAGAAAUUCUCAGGAAUCAAAAUAACCCUGUAUAUCUGUAUGAGAGUACUAAAUUUUUUCAAAAGUCAUUACAAGAAUUACAUGAGAAAUAUCCUAACAGAAUCAUAUACAAAAUAGCGGAUUUUUUUGGAAUGUGGAAGCUUGCAUUUCAGGAUAAAAUUGACCAAGGAAAUCGAAUAAAAGACCUAUUAGGAGACCUAGCUACAGACAAAAUAGGUAGAAAGUUGCAAAUAGUUGGAGCUACACCUGGAUUAUCAUUUGUGAAACAUCUUAUUAAUACAAUUGUUUUUCACAAUAUAACAAAUCAACUUGGUAGACCAGACUUAUUUAUUAUAUUACCAACACAUCAUUAUGAGUUUCUUACAGAUUUGAAUGUCCAGCAUGGCAAACAUAAGUCAGUGCCAUCAUUAUUUCAAUCUCUUUUCCAAUACAAGGUCCUACAGAAAGUACCAAAAGCACAUUUUUUGCCUUGGACUUUUCCACCAUCUAAAAAAACCUCAGUGAUAGAUGAGCAUUUUUUGUAUUUAGUCAAUAUAACGCAGAAGGAAACUCUGCCAUGCCAUCCAGCCUACUUACCGUUACUGUGGUAUUUCUUCAAACCCCAAACUUUUUCUAAAUCAACAAGAGUCAUUCCUAUGCUAGAACAAUGGAUUCCGGGAUGCGGUGUGUGGCUGAUCACAGGACAGGACCCGCCUGAUGUCAACAAAGAAGUGGCGCCAGAUGAGACAGAUGCUCCCCUCCCACAUAUGACUAUCUUCACUGAAUUUGGGGACCUGACCUUACAACAAAAAAUAACUGUAUUUAAGCGGUUUGUAUCGUGGCCGGAGUUUGAACAUUGUCCAUUUCGAACAACUGUUGAGAACAGUCUACCGAAGUUUGCAUCUCAUUUAGUUAGUGAAGGUGACCCUGACCCACACCUCGACGACUUGGAACACUCCGAUUCAGAAAGUGAAUUAGAAAAUAUGUAA